AUGCGUUUCGGGACAUAUCACUCGUGGAUGGAGUGGUUGAACCCGCUAUACCUCGAGGACAAGGCUAAUAACUGGACAACAAGAAACUUUGUCAAGACCAAAUCCCGGCCCGAGAGGGAAGAGUUGAUCACAAAAUAUAAACCGGAUCUCCUCUGGUCUGACGGCGAGUAUGAGUCCCCCGAAGAAUACUGGGAGAGCACCGACUUCUUGAGCUGGCUGUACAACGAUAGUCCUGUAAAGGAUACAAUUGUCGUGAAUGAUAGAUGGGGUAACGUUCCCAAUCGCACGACAAACUGCAAACACGGGGGUUAUUGGAACUGUUGGGAUAAAUACAACCCAAAGGUAUUACAGACCCAUAAGUGGGAGAACGCUAUGACUAUCGAUAGGAAUGCCUGGACUUUCAGACGGGAAGCCGUUUUGGAGGACUUCCUGUCGCCCAAAGAGAUUAUGGAAACACUCGUACAGACUGUCAGUUGCGGCGGAAAUCUGUUGAUAAACGCCGGGCCCACACAUGACGGCAGGAUUACACCGAUAUUUGAGGAAAGGCUUAAACAAAUGGGUUUAUGGCUUAAGAGGAAUGGAGAAGCGAUUUAUGGGUCGAAGCCGUGGACCCAUCAAAACGAUACAAUCACUCCUGAUGUCUGGUAUACUCAAAACGAUGGCAAAGUGUACGCAUCGGUAGUGCAUUGGCCAGAGAGUGGACGGGUAUUAUUGGGAGGCCUUAAGUACAGUACCGUUGCGUCCAUUCAAUUGAUUGGCGCUAAGGAUAGCCUUCAGUUCACUGAAGACAAGAGCGGAUCAACUGAAGUGACAUUUCCUGCACUCAAUCCGGACACUGAUAUCCAAUGGGUGUAUGUCCUGAGGAUUAGCACCAAAUAA